GAUGUGAUGGGAUAUAAAAGCGCGUCGGUAACGCAAGCUAAAUCAUCAGCUACAUCUCGUCGCUUCUCCUGUUCUCGUCAGAUUUUCAGAAUGCGUUCGCAAUCACCUUGUGGUGUAACUAUUCCAAUCAGAUUUUUAGUCUUGGUCGUUCUCGGAUGCGUGCUACCAACAAUCUUUGCCACUCCCUCGAAUCCUGCUGUCGGCCUUGAAGAAAAUGGAUUGGCCGUUAAUAAUGAUAGAGACGAUAUGACUGAUACUGACGAAAGCGUGGCCACCGUAUUGAUGUUGCUUCGGCGAUAUGGAUGCCCAAUUGCCAGGGGAGCAGCACGAAUGUGUCGUUUAAUACGCAACGGAGACAUCGAUGAUCAAGUAUUGCUGGAAAGAUCUGAUGACGAAGAAUUGGAUGAAAUUGACAUGAAUAAAGUCCGUGAGAUAGUUAGGAAAUACGGAUGUCCAGUGAUGAAAGCCUUCGCUUUUGCAUGCAAGCUGAUCCCCGGUAAAUAACUGAUUGGGUUUUCUGCAUGGCUAGCUACUCUAUUAAUUUGUGGUAGUCUGUGUUGUGAUUGACGGCAAUAAAAAAAGAAAUCAACAUA